AUGGCUCGCACUUCCACUUUAAUUGUUCUCAUUGUUGUUCUAUCAUAUUUCACCACAGAAUUAACAGCCAAAGCCAGACCAUUAAGCUUAAGCCCAACCCUUUUGGCACGACUGAAAUUAGACGAAGAAGCAUCGUCAAUAAGCUGUUGGGACUCUUUGGUCCAACUUCAAGCUUGUACUGGAGAGAUCAUUCUUUUCUUUCUCAAUGGUGAAACGUACUUAGGACACAGUUGCUGUGAAGCUAUCCGAAUCAUUACAAAGCAAUGCUGGCCAACCAUGAUUGAUACUCUAGGUUUUACGACUGAAGAAGGUGACAUACUUGAAGGGUAUUGUGAUAAAGCAGAUGAUGAUAGUACUUAUCCUCCUUCACCACCUUCCUUAGGGCCUAAUGAUAAGGCUAUUGCUAAAGGAACUGUAGUUCCUUGA